CCUUGACCCUGGUUUUGCAUUGUUUCGAGGCAACGUUGAAGAGAGAAUCGGCUCAUACUCACGCAGGCAGACACCGUUGUGUCACCCAGCCUGGUCACCGCUCCAGGACCGUCCUAUCUACUGCCGGACUCGGUUUUUCUGCCAACCAGGCUUCCGUUCGGCUGAUUGAUCCUCUGGCCUGGGAUCCACCCUCGUGUACGCCUUUCUGUCGACAUUCGAAUUCUGCGUUUCUCGUUAUAGCCGGGCUCUCUAAAGGCUCGAGUCCAAGAACACCCACAGCGUCUCGGCACUCUGUCAGGCCCUGUUAUCAUCUGGCAUCACCAUCUCUCUAUUAUCGCCCUCCUGUCCUGCCUCCGUUCCGUCCCCUCUCCUCUUCCGACAAACGCAUCCCGCCGUAAGCUUUUUCCCUCCUCCUGCCCUUUCAUAUUCCCUUUCCCCGCUCCCUUUCCACCGUCCUUUUCGCAUUUCCUUUGUCACGUGUCCCUUUCCCCUUCUUUUGCGUGUCCCCUCUCGAGUCGCGUACUGACUGACCCUUUGUCAUGUAGACCUUUACGCGUCGGCCAUAACGGCUCCGUCGCGUCCAUUAUUCAGUCGAUUCACGUAUAGCGUUCAUCAUGAACGUUCCCCAGGGUCAAUCGAACCCUGGCCUGUACGCCCCGGCCACCCCUCAGCAGCUGCAACACCAACAACAGGCUCAACAGCAGCACAACCCUCAGCACUAUGGCCAGCUCCAACAGAUGUAUCUCGCUCAAAACGCCGCCAAGUACGGCAACCAGCCAAACGGCGGCGGCGGCGGGGGGUUCAACCCUCAGCAGUUGAUGCAACAACAACAGCAACAGCAGCAGAAUACCUUUAAUCCCAGUGGGAUCAACCCGUCCGCACUGAUGAACGGUCGUGGAGGCGGUAUGGCUGGAAUGAAUAUGUCCAACAUGUCGCCACUACAGUUGCAGCAGCAAAUGCAACAAAUGCAGCGUAUGAGCGCCCAAGGUAUGAGUGGUGGAGGUGGAGGUGGAAUGGGUGGAAUUAACCCGACACAGUUGUUGAACCAACAUCACAUGGGCAUGAAUGGUUCCGGUGGAAUGAGUGGGAUGGGUGGUAUGGGGAUGAAUGGCAUGGGCAUCAAUCCCGCCGCGUUGACGGCUUCAAGUACCGGUGGAGUACCCACCUCAUCGUCACCGCCGAUUCCUUCGUCAGGUACCACAGCGCCGCCAACACCAAGCCUCUCCGCUCAAUCUCAACCGCACCAACCACAAGCACCGUCUCAGGGUUUCCAUCCACAACAGCACCCGUCUCACCCAUCGCAGACACAACAUCCACACCCGUCUCAAACCACCCAUGCUCAGCAAGGAGGCGGGGGAGGACCACAUCAAUUGAACUUGCCGAAUUUGAACUUGAACCCGAUGCAGAUGCAGCAGUUGAACUCACUGCCGCAACAAGAAAGACACAAAUUCAUGCAGAGACUUAUGUUCAACAACAUGAACCAGAUAAAUCAGCAUCAGAUGAGUUCGUCUGGGGCGAUGGGUGGCAUGGGCCCGAUGGGCAACAUGUCAGGCAUGACCGGUGGAAUGGGACAAGACGCGGCGAUGAACAUGAACUUCGCGAGCGGUAUGGGCGCUAACGCCAAUAUGUCUGGUAUGGGUAUGGGCGGGAUGGCGCAGAUGACGAACGCGCAAAUGGCUCAGAUCAGUAUGCAGCGUGAACAACAACAGCACCAGCACCAGCACCAACAGCAGCUGCAGCAGCAGCAUGGUCACAGUCAACAUCGACCGUCGAGUUCGGCUGGACAUCCCCACCCUGGGCUUUCGCAAAUACCGGUUCCUGGGAUGGGAAAUAUGAUGAUGCCACCACCGUCGAGUAUACCCCCUCGUCCGCCGACUGUAGCUCCUGGACCAGGACCUCGUCCGACGCCUUCCCCUCGACCUGGUACGGCAGGGUCUACUCCUGGGUUCGCGCAGCAACAACAACAACACGGGCACCCGUCUCAAGGACAACCUCAUCUCCAGCAGCAGCAGCAACAGCAGCAUCAACCUGGUACAGCGCCGAGUUCAAGGCCUGGUACAGCGGGGAGUCCUUCGAGAGGUAUACCGCAUGCAGGGGGAAGACAGACACCUACUAGUGGGGGACCGAGUGGAUCUAUGGCGCAACAGCAAGCUCAGGCUCAAGCCCACCAGCAACAGCAGCAGCAGCAGCAGCAGCAUCAGAAUAGUCCGAGAGGUCAUACGAGUGCGUUGCCGACGCCGAUUCCGAUCCAGCCUAGACCGCCUAUGAUGAAUAUGGGUAUGGGUGGGAUGGGUGGAAUGGGGGGUAUGGGUGCUCGAGCGAGUCCUGCGCCGAGACCUGGGACAGGUCAAGGACAGAGGAUACCUAGUCGACCGCCGACUGUUGUGCCACCAGAGUUCUCCAUGUCACAACAGCAGCAACAGCCUAAUGGAGGCAAUGCUACUCCGAACCCGUCGCAACAAUUACAACUGCAACUGCAACAACAACAACAGCAUGGAAUGCAACAGCAGGGUCAGGCGCCGGGGUAUCAGGCUAUUGCGCCCGCGCCUUCGACGCCUACUAGCGCAGGUGGGAUCGGAGGAGGUGUUGGGAGUAUUGCGGGGAAGCGGAGGGUUUCUGGGACGCCUGUUCCUCAGACACCUCAAUCUGGACAUUUUCCUCCUGGCCAGCUACCACAAUACGCCCAGCAAGCUCAGCACGUUCAGCAAGUUCACCAAGGCCAUCAACAGCAGCAACAGCAACAGCAACAGCCGCAACUCCAAGCGCCUCAAUUGCAGAGAAGCGCGUCUAUACCACCGAAUACGGCGAGUAUCUCUGCGGGUGUUCCGACGCCUGGUCCGAGACCUAGCUCGACUGCGAGUGGAGGGCCACCUGGGAGUGCGACUGGAACUGGAUUGGCUGGGAUGGGUAUUAUGGGGAAUGUUGGGCAGGGGAAUAUGAAUAUGCGCGGAAUGGCCAUGGGUGGCGGAAUGAGCGGGAUGAGUGGGAUGGGAGGUAUGGGAGGCAUGGGUAUGGCUGGGAUGGGAGGAAUGGGUGCCAUGGGCAACGUCGGCGGCAUGAACAUGAACAUGGCGAAUAUGGGUUUAGGUCAGAUGGGAGGUCCGAUGGGUCCUCCCCACUUCCCUCGAUCUACGUCUCAAGGACCGCCUCAACAGCAACAGCAAGGUCUUGAUGGCGUUCCUCCUCCACCUGGACUGCAGAGACAAAUGAGUGCAGAUGCUAGUGCUGGGAUGGGGAUGGGGAUGGGGAUGGUCCCGCAUACACCUGUUAUGGCCCACAAUCGAGCUUCAGUCCCUCCUCCUCCUUCUAAUGGUUUGGCUGUGAAUACCAAUGUGCCUGGUGGAGGUGUAGGUGGGAUGAUGAACGUGCCGAAUCCUGCUCAGGCGUUGAUGCCUACACCUCCUACUGCAUCUUCGCCUAUGAAUAUCCCGACGUUGCCGAAUAUGUCUGCAACGGCCGGAAUGGACAUCCCUGCUUUACCCUCGACGCCACAACAAGCUAGGCAGGUCUCUCAGCCGCCUCAGGGUGCUUCGUCUAGCAUGCAUCAUCCUCCUGCUACGUCCAAUUCUUCGCCUUUCCCGAGCGUUGGGAUGUUGGAGAGGAAGAUGAGCUCGAUCAAUGGAACGACUGGUGCUGGUGCUCCGAGUACCAAUGGUGUUUCGGCUAGCGUGCCUCCUACAUCAGGCUCGACUGGGGGUGGUACUACUCCCGGAGGAACGAAGAUCAUUAGACAACUUGCACCUCUCCCUGCGGGCCUCAGAUUGAACCCAGCCGUGACGAACAUCACUGCCGUUCCGCUUAUCGAUUCUCUCAAAUUGAUACCUCCUAUUUCGGUGGAUGAGAUUGCGAAUGUGAAGAAAUGGAUGGAGAUGGAUAAGGCGUAUGGGGAGACGUAUAGGAAGAUGAAGGAGAGGAUGAAUGAGGAGGUGAGGGUGAAUAUCGCGAAGGGACGGGCGUGGUGGGAGAAGGAUGCCCAGGGUCAGGGUCAGGCGGGUGUGGAUGAGAUGAGGGGGUUGAAUGCGAGACGGAGGCAGCAGCCUGGUGAGAAGUUGAGUUUGGUUGGGAUGAAGGGGAAGGAUGAUAGGAGGGUGCGGAAAGCUGGGAAGCGCGAGGGGUUUAAAUUGCCGAGAAUCGUUGAUCCUGAAGAUGCGAAACGCCGGGAGCAGCUUGUCCCCAUUCGACUCGAGCUCGACGUCGAGCAUCAUAAGAUGCGAGAUACAUUUGUAUGGAACUUGAAUGACCCGAUCAUCACACCAGAGGUCUUCGCUCAAUCGAUCGUGGAUGACUAUAGUCUCGCACCAACCUUCCACUCCAUCAUCACGAAGGCUAUCCAAGAUCAGCUCAGCGACUUCAAAGCGCAUUCUACUACAUUUGGCGAGGACGGGUCGCUGAAUAGUCCAGUUGAGGAUAUCGUCGAACAGGGCAAAUUGGAUGAUGUUGAGGUUGUUUGGUGGGAGACGUGGCGCAAUGAAGUCCGAAGCGAUGUUGGCUAUAAGCAGAUUGGAGGUGGUGAAGGUCGGAGUCGGAAACGACGCAAAGUCGUCAAGGACGAAACGGUUGAGACGCCUGAAGUCCUCAAGCAGAGUUUGUCGGCUGCGAGUACGGACGUGCCGAUGUCGGUCGAUGACUUUGAAGAGGAUGAGAGUAAGAUGAACGAGGAGUUGCGUAUUCUCAUCAAGCUUGAUAUCAUUGUCGGUUCUGUGAAGUUGGAAGACCAGUUUGAAUGGGACCUACAGAAUGAAGACCCCACACCGGAGCUCUUUGCGGACGUAUAUGCGAAAGAGUUGGGAUUGGCAGGCGAAUUCAAAACUGCUAUUGCUCAUUCAAUUAGGGAGCAAGUGCAGAUAUAUCAGAAGUCGCUCUUCCUCGUCGGCCAUCCUUCUGACGGAACCCCGCUUCAAGAUGACGACUUGCGCAUGUCCUUGCUUCCAUCUCUCUCGACAGGCGCUCGUUCCAUGGAGCAAGUCGGCGCUUUCACACCUCUACUCAACCUACUCAGCGAGAGUGAAAUUGAGCGGAACGAGAGGGAGCGUGAGAAAGAGCUCAAUCGCAGACGCAGGAAGACGACUCGUGGUAGGAGAGGAGUCAUCCUUCCUGAUCGCGAACCUCCCAAGACGCUACGCACCCCUGCCAUCGGCUUCCCAGAGAUCGACGCUGCCACACUUGCAAUCGUUAAUGCUGCUGCCGCGCCUACGUCAAGGAGAGCUGCUGCUGCCGCCGCUUCUCUCACCAUUGCGAACAUGGUGGCGUCGGAGAAUGGCACAGUUGUCUUGCCCAACCCUCAGACCCCGCUCACUCCUCAGGUCACUGCGCCAGCACCAGCCAAAGAGAAGAAACCCAAAGGUCUUUUCAAAGCGCCUUCGUACCCGUCAUCUGUCCUGCGUCCUCGUGCUCAUGUCAAGGCGCCCACACCUUCUACUGCUGCGGACCCAUCAACGUUAUCACCUCCGAUUGAGAACGACUUGCCACUGCCCUCUAGUAGUGGGAACCUUGAGAACCGAGGUGCUAGAGUUAUGCUUAGCGCGAAGCGGGUGAAGGAGCUGGAGAGGGAAGCGAAGGAAAAGGAGUUCGCGGAUGGCCAGCAUGCGAAUAUGAUCAAUGGUGUUUGGCAUUGUUCCAAUUGUGGAUGUCCUGAGAACAUCGCUAUUGGGCGUAGGAAAGGCCCGCUUGGAGAUAAGUCGCAGUGUGGUACUUGCGGUAAAUUCUGGCAUAGACAUCGUAGACCCCGUCCGGUGGUAUACAAUGCCGACCCUGAGUAUCAUCUAAACCUCAAGAGGGAGGAGGAACAAGCCAAGGUUGCUGCGAAUCGGAAAAAGCGUCCUCAUGCUGCCAAUACGGAGGCUCCCUCUUCAAAGGCUGCUACGGUUGAGCCGGAAACGCCUGCGAAGGCGAAGUCUGAGGUUUGGGUGGAAGCACCACCGGCAUCCUCGGGCAAGCUUAACAGUCCAAAGGAAGAGCGAGAACGUGCUGUCUCGCCUAUUUCUACUGCUUCCAGUGCUUCGGAGCCACCUCUUUCCCAGCGAGUGAAACCUAAUGGCGCAGAUCACACCUCGAAGCCCUCGCUCGCAGAGGCUGCAGGACCUUCACAGACAGGCCAAGACGCACAGCCUUCGUCUGCGUCACCUCAACAGCAAUCACAGACCUCUCCCGUUAAAGGAUCAUCCCCAACAACACCUCCUGCUGCCGUUGGACCUCGUCCACAAGCGCCUGAAUGGCUAAGAGCUGCGAUGCAAGAGAUGCAGGCGAACUACCCUGAUGAUCUGUUCGAGGUCAUUCUUCGUCGAGUGGCCACCUCCCCAACACCUGAAUGGCGGAUCAGGUGUUUGGAUUGUCCCGGAAAGCUAUAUACCCCUGGUCCUGGAGAGACCUUGACCAACUAUGAAGUCCAUCUCAAAAACCGUCAACACCGAAAUAAAGUGAAUACUCGAUUGGCCAAUAACUCCGCGGAAGCUUAGACGCUUUUCUGCUUUGCUGCUGCUAUGUUGGAUUGUAAUUUGUCGUUAUGCGUUGUUCUACUACAUAAUUUGCUCUGCUUUUUUUGUAUUGUUAUAUUCCCUCUGUUGUCUCUCAAUUGACUUCUUACUUUUCUCUUUUCUUGAUUUAAGAGCUGUCUCAGCUCGAGCAACUUGGUACUCGUAACUAGAUACUUGGGAUCACAUAACUUAGAACUGACAUUGUCCUACCAGCAAACGGCAAACACUUUAGACAACAACGUAAGAGUGAAUGUUAACGAGGGAUUUGUGUGAAGACCAAGUAGUUUGUGUAAGUAUUCGGCUUCUCAGCUUGCUGCCACCAUUUGCUACUACGUUUCGAACGCACUGUGAUUGCGAGUAUGAAUACACACGACAACAUAGA